CUAUGUCAACUACGAGGCGACGCCAUGCGGUUCCGGGGAGUGCGAGGUGGUGCAGUACUCCGGCACAGCCUUUUGCCGUGCCUGCACUGACUUCUGCGACACGUGCUCUCGCAAGGCUCCAAUCACCCCUCCAAAGUGUCGGAAGAAGCGCCGUGCCUGCUCGCUCAAGUCCUGCCCGGGCCGCAUCUGCAUUCCCUUUGUCCGCAGCUGCAAGGGCUACAAUACUGAUCAGGUGAGUGAUGCCCACAGCCGCGCCCCCCUUCCCUGCUCUGUUGCCGAGGCCGCGAGCCGUAUCCGCCUUCCCGGCUUUCUCCAGGUUGCCUAUGCCAGUCGGGCAAGCGCGUCUCGCUUCCCCACCUCUCUCCAUGAUACCGUUGCAGCUCAGGCGAGCGGUAGCCGCCUCCGCGUCUCUCAUCACGCGGAUAACGAGGACCUGGAGAGCGCCGCUCCCCUCCGCUUCUCCAGUCGUGAUACCUUCGCGGAUCCGGUGAGCGUCCGCUUCCCCCGCGUCCCUUGUCUUGGUGCUGCCGAGGCUCAGGCGAGCGGUAGCCGCCCCUGCACUUGUCUUCAUGUAGCUGCUGCCGUGCUGGCGAGCGAUAGCCGCUUCCGUGCCUCUCGUCCCCGUGCGGACGUCGUGGGUCUGGCGAGCGCGCGCCGCCACCGCUUCCGCCACAGUUCUGCCGCCGAUCUGGCGAGCGCAUACCGCCGCCCCGCCCCCCUUCCCGAUACAUCCGCGAAUCCGGCGAGCGCGUGCCUCCGUCGCGUCCCCCAUCACGAUUCAGUCAAGGCUCUGGCGAGCGCGCACCGCCGCCGCGUCCUCCGUCCCGAUUCAGGCGCGGAUCAGGCGAACGCGCGCCGCCGCCACGUCCCUCGUCACGCUGCUGACGCGAAUCUGAAGCGCGCGCGCCACUGCCACGCCCCCCACCGUCGCCUUUCUCUCCGUCGCGCAGCAGAUCUCGAGUACCGCCCUUCCCGUCCGCCUCCGCCGUGCUCGGCUCUGCCGCCACGCCCGCCUGCGCGGGAUCGUCGUCCUCAACUUCAGCAGGCAUCUCGCGCUGCUCGCCUGCGCCUUCCUCCGGGGAUUCGUCUUCGCCCUUGA